AUGGCAUCUGUUGGGAACACCAAUGACGAUGGUCCAAAACUGAGGGAGGAGAAGCAAUAUAGAGAUUUCUACCCACUGUUGGAGGAAGACACGUUGCUUCCCAUUAUCGAUGGCCAUUGCAAUUCGAGCGGUAUAUCCAGCACUAAAGAGGUGGCCGAUUUAAUACGACAUCCACCGCAAGUCAAACAGCUCAUCUUUAAUGGGAAAGUGACGACAGAGCCUUUGAUUAUCGAACAGCCACUUUCCUCUUAUCAUAAAUGCACCACUGAAUUAUGGAAGUUAAAGGAAAAGAAAAACGCACAUCUCUCUCACAAAAAGAAAUGGAAGCCAAGUCCUAAAUCAGAGAUUAAUCGCAUAGUAAGAAUUGAAGGUCCACAGGAGGGAACAGCAUACAAAGCAAAACUAUAUCAAAGGAAAAUAUUACCUGAUAUGGAUGCUCUGAAAAUCAUUGAACCAACUUUGACCCGCAUAAAAACACUCUAUGAUAUGGACGAGCAGGAUUAUCUGUAUAUGCAAUAUUUACGCAAACAAUUCCCCACCCUAACUUUGACCGAUCUUCAAUUUGAAAUCCUUUUGACUAUUUUGGAGAUACGGUACGCAAUUACGCAGUCACAUGUGCCCACAUUACCCCCACCCCCACCAACCAUAGAUCAACUUUGUUCCAUAUGCAAUGGUGUUGAGACCACGCACAACACAAUUGUCUUUUGUGAUUGUUGCAAUCUUGCAGUGCAUCAGGAUUGUUAUGGUGUGAUUUUCAUUCCUACGGGGCCCUGGCUUUGCAGAGCUUGCCUACAGGGAAAGUUUGAGUCAAAAAGACCCCGCUGUGCAGUGUGUCCUGAAGUAGGGGGUGCUUUGAAACAAAGCACGUGUGGUAGCUGGGUUCACGUUUCAUGUGCAGUUUGGAUCAACGAACUCUGUUUUGGGAAUUGGCACUAUGCAGAGCCCAUAGAGGGCAUCGAUCGAAUACCCUUAUCGCGUUGGAGACUAAACUGCUACCUUUGCAAGCAGCGAACAGGCGCUUGUAUACAGUGCUGUAAUAGAAACUGUUUUGUUGCUUAUCAUGUUAGUUGUGCAAGGCGUGUUGGUCUCGACAUGACGCCGCUUGUUACAGGUUCACUUGCCGAGAUGGCAUUGAACAAUGGUGAACGAUCCUUGGAAAGCUUCUGCGAUAGACACUGUGCAUCUCCAUCUUCCACUUACAAAGCUGCAAUUGCAGACUUAAGAAACUUUUAUUCCAGCACAAGACAGAGCGAUGUUCAUCCAAAUGAAAAAAUAAUUAUCCCUCAAGCAUUUUCUGAAACCCUACAAAGGUGUGUAUUGAGUUUCAAUUCCAUUGGACAUAAACAAAUUUCGACUGCAGUAAGUGUACAGAUCUGCAAAUAUUGGGCUCUCAAAAGAGAAAAUAACGAGGGUGCGCCUCUUAUUUCGCUUCCCAGUGAAGUUAUUGAUCUUUCAUACAACCUUUUAACAGACAAGGAGAUUGAGAACAGGCUUGAGUUUAUUGAUAUCUUAUUACACGAUCUACAAAAAAUCCAGAAACUGACAGAUCUAGUUUGCGAACGGGAUGCAAAAAUACUCUCUUUACGCGAAGUAGAGGAGAAAAUAAAAAGUAUAGUGACUAAUAGAGAAGUGUACUGCAUCCAAAAAUUUAUACUGGGACCAUUUCUCCAAACUGAGCAGUUCAAGACACUGGAAACAUAUUUAAAAGACGGUAAACCGUCUAAAAGCAUAGUGAGAUGUCAGACUGGUGAUUUUGCUAAUAUAAACGAAUUAAAAAUUGAAAUGGAUGGUUUCUUUCGUUUGGUUGAGUCCACUGAUGUCCCGAGAACAUUACGUUUUACUGCCUUGAAGGCUGAACAUGCAUUAAUCAAUCUGAUUACCAAGGUAGAAAAGACUGAUUUUGAUAGAAUGUUGGAUAGAGAUUUUGUUUUGAACCGGGAAAAUCCAUUUGCGACGCAAGAAAGGGAGUGGAUCGGGCCAUUUUUACAACGAGAAGAGGAACUGAGUAGCGUAGAGGACUUGACUGAAAACGAAGUGCACAUUUUAACCGGCGAUAUAUGGGAAAAUGCGGAAUCGUCUGCGUCUAUAACCGAAAACACACCUUCUGAACAACGUACUUUGAAGAGAAAACAACCCACGAAGACUAACCAGCGUCAAAAACUUACCAAGAGUGUUAAGGCUCUUAAAAGUAGCAGGCCAGAUUCUAAAUUAGACAAUGGAAAGAAGAAAUUAACUCAAAGGAGAUCCGCUACACGGCAGCCACAGAGCAAAGCCGUUCUUUCUGCGGACCCAUCGAAGAGAAAAACGACUGUCAAAUCUACGGGUAUGGAGCCCAGCGGGCCCUCGAAACACAGAAAUAUUGAACGUGGGGAGAAGCAGAAACCCAAAAGCAAAUUGUCACGAAAGCCGGCCGGGACGAAAUCAAUACACUGA